UGCUCUCAGCCUGUCACUGCCAUCCAGUGCUGCAGACUGCAUUUAAAGGGAGCAGGGAAAAGAGAGUCUACCUACCUAGUACACAAUACGAAUGAUAACCACAGACAUUCCGUAGGAUCCAGUCAAUAUAUUAGGCGGAAAAAAGGAAGAUUUUUUUUCUGUGUUGCAGGGUUGUAAAGAAUAUGAAAUAUGAAGCUUUUACCGCGUCAGAUUUCCUUGGUAUCUCUGUGUGGACUAGUCUAUCUCGUUCAAUACAGCAGCGCCAAUAGAAACCCCGGUGCGGAUGAAGGUGACGACGCCUUGAGGAGCGCGGUGGCGGCGGCAGCAGCGGAGAGCUGGGGGGAGCACGGCUUGAACCCGCCCCAGACAACCAGUCCGCUUCGGCUCAUUGCCAGCGGCCGGGUUGGCCUGAACACCCGAGUGAGGAGGACGUUGGAGCACGCAGCCGCCUACCCGUCCGCACACAUCGCUCAAGCCACCUUCCAGAUUGAUGCUUUCAACUCGUCUUUCAUUCUUGACGUUGAACUGAAUCAUGGUCUGCUCUCAUCCCAGUAUGUGGAACGAACUGUUGAUGCAAGGGGAAAAUCUGUUCAUUCUAUGGGAGGAGAACACUGUUAUUAUCAUGGCAAAAUUCAAGGAAAUGCUGAAUCCUCUGUGGCCCUUUCAACAUGUUAUGGACUACAUGGUUUCUUUCAUGAUGGGAAUUAUACUUACUUGAUUGAACCAGCACCAAGGAAUGAAGAAAAUUUAUUGAAUGAAUCAGAGUCUCAUUUAGUUUACCAGAUUGCUGGCCAUGAUGUUCCUUUACAGCUUCAACUUCCUGAAAAGUUUGGAAGAAAUGAUCUUGUCCAUACUGGGAAUUCUGUCCUUUCAAGGAAGAAAAGACAGAUACAUCGAAUUCGGCGGGAUGUUCAUGAUGAGACAAAGUACAUUGAGCUGAUGGUUGUUAAUGAUCAUUUUAUGUUUAAAAAACAUCGUUUGUCCGUGGGACUCACAAACAACUUUGCAAAAUCAAUUGUGAAUUUAGCAGAUAUGAUUUUCAAGAAGCAGCUUAAUACCCGAAUUGUACUGGUUGCCAUGGAAACCUGGUCAAUUGACAACAAGUUCACCAUAAACGUAAACCCUCAGAUAACUCUACGAGAGUUUAUGAAGUACCGGAGAGACUUCAUCAAGGAGAAGAGUGAUUCAAUUCAGCUAUUUUCGGGAACAACAUUUGAAAGCAGCCGGAGUGGUGCAGCAUACGUUGGUGGAAUUUGUUCACAGUUGAAAGGUGGAGGAGUGAACGAGUUUGCAAAUGCAGAUGAAAUGGCUGUCACACUCACUCAGAACUUAGCCCAGAAUCUUGGCAUGUUUUCAGAUAAGAAGCGAAUGAGUGUUGACUGCAGAUGUGAAGAUAAAUGGGCUGGAUGCAUAAUGGAAGAUUCUGGGUAUUAUCUUCCACGUACAUUUUCUAAGUGCAACAUAGAAGAAUACCAGGAAUUUUUGAACAAUGGUGGUGGUAAUUGUCUCUUCAAUAAACCUACCCGACUUCUUGAUCCCCCAGAAUGUGGGAAUGGAUUUGUGGAGGCAGGAGAAGAAUGUGAUUGUGGUUCACCGACUGCUUGUCGCCAGGAAGGAGGAAACUGCUGUGUGAAGUGCACUCUUGUGAAUAAUGCCAAAUGCAGCAAUGGACUUUGUUGUAAAGAAUGUCAGUUUGAAAGAAAUGGAUUUGUGUGUCGUGAAGCAGUAAAUGAUUGUGACAUCCCUGAGACUUGCACUGGAAAUUCUAGUGAGUGUCCACCAAAUGUACAUAAACUAGAUGGCUACAUCUGUGACAAUGAUCAGGGACGUUGUUAUGGAGGGAGAUGUAAAACUAGGGAGCAACAGUGCAAAUAUGUGUGGGGAGCAAAGGCAAGAGCUGCAGAUCAAUUAUGUUACGAGAAACUUAACAUUGAAGGAACUGAAAAAGGGAACUGUGGCAAAGACAAAGGCACCUGGAUUCAAUGCAAUAAACAAGAUGUGCUUUGUGGUUACCUGCUGUGUGCUGAUAUGUCCAGUGUGCCCAGAGUAGGGGAACUGUGGGGUGAUGUGACAAUGACUUCAUUCUUGCAGAAACACAAGCAUAUCAACUGCAGUGGUGGCCAUGUCAUAUUAGAUGAAGAGACAGAUCUGGGAUAUGUGCAAGAUGGAACUCCAUGUGGACAGGACAGAAUGUGUAUCAAUCACAAGUGUCUGCCCCUGAAAGCAUUUAAUUUUAGCACCUGCCCCGGCACUAGUGGUGCAAAGAGAUGUUCAGGACAUGGGAUUUGCAGUAAUGAAGUGAAAUGUGCCUGUGACCCAUCCUGGGAUGGCAGUGACUGCAGUAAAUAUGCACCAAAGGCAUUAACAGGCACAGGAGGACUAGGAUCAGCUAGAACCAAUAUUAUUAUAGGUACCAUUGCAGGGACCAUCCUGAUGGCAGCCCUUGUCUUGGCUGUUGCAGCGUGGUUUUACAAAAACUAUCAAGAAAGAAGGCAAAUGCCACAAGGAGACUAUGUCAAAAAGCCCGGGGAAGCUGACUCUUUCUAUAGUGACAUACCUCCUGGAGUCAGCUCAAACUAUUCAGCAUCUAGUUCUAAGAAAAGAUCAAAUGGACUCUCCCAUUCUUGGAGUGAACGAAUUCCAGAUGAAAAGCAUAUUCCAGAUGUCUGUGAAAAUGGCAGGCCACGCAGUAACUCCUGGCAGGGGAAUUUAGGAGGCAAUCGAAAGAAGAAUAAAGGAAGGAAAUUUAGGCCACGUUCCAAUUCUACAGAGUAUUUAAACCCAUGGUACAAAAGAGAAUAUAAUGUAGCUAAGUGGGUAGAAGAUGUGAAUAAAAACACUGAAGGACCGUACUUUAGGACGUUGUCUCCGUCUAAGUCGCAUUCCUCAUCCAAUGGAUCAAUUGCUUCUAGUAGGAAGUGCCCAUACCCAAUGCCACCCCUUCCUGAUGAGGAGGGAAAGGCAAGUCGACAAAGUGCACGGCUCUGGGAGACCUCCAUUUAGGCUGCCAUUCAAUGGAUCUGAGCUACUAAAGAUUUCCUUCCACUUUUAUAAAGGGCAGCCUUACAUUGAUGUCUUUUAAUUAAUGAAUCUCUGGACCAUCAAUGAGGUUUUUGGAAGAAGGAGUCUAAAGUACACACUCUCUCUGCUAACUUCAAAGACCAGGGCUUCUAAAUAUAAAAUAAUAAAUAGACAUUGACUCAUCAUUAAUAAAACAAUGUUACAUGAAGAGUCAGCAUUCUUGUGUAAAAUACUGCACUGAAACAAUGAUCUGGGAACAGGAACUCAUCCUGAAAAAAGACAAUAAAAAAGCUCUAUCAUAUAUUUGCAUAUGUUAUGGUGCUUAGUCCUCUGGAAGACUGAGAGCCCCUUUUUCAACAAGGCUCAGCUGAAAGCUCCUGAGUACACUUUCACUGCAAUGAGUAAUACUGCACGCACGGAUCCCUUUUGAGACCAGUUCUAGUAGUCAGUAGAACAGAAUGUACUUGCAUAGACAUAAAAAGUGUUAUUUUCCCCCCAAAUUGCUUUGGAUGAGCUAUACAACAGGAAAAAUAAUUGCAUUUGUAAGGGUUAUUGUGUUAAAGAAAUGGAAUAUGCAACUGAAGGUCAAAAUUGUAUAUUUGAUACUUGCAGAAAAGCUUGCUCAGAGAGAGUUUUGUAAAUAUGUACAGUUUUUUUUUCCACAUUACCUGACAACAUCAGGCAAUUGUUGCUUGCCUUUUAAAUCAAAACAUGGUCAUGUCGGACUUAAUAUUAACCGUACAGUGAUAGAUUUGGUGUUUUCAUGCAAAUGAUCAAAUCUUUUUCACACCAGAGAUGAGGAAGAAAGCUGAUAAUUUAAUGGAAUAAGAACAAGAUGUUGGAGGUACUCUGCAGGUAAAUCAGCAUUUAUGAUGAGAGAAACAGAGCUAGCAGUUUAGGUUGAUGACCUUUCAUCGGAACCAGGAAAAGUGAGAAAAUUGCAAUUUAAGUUGUAGGGAAAGGGGAGGGGUGGAGAGAACAAGAGUCUCCACCCUAUUGCAUAGCUUUCUUUUCUCUCCACCACUCCUUCUCCAAACUUACAAUUCCUUUUUUGUCAUUUUCCCAAUUCCAAUGAGGAGUCAUAAACCUGAAAUGUUUCUCUUUCCACAAAUACCAGCUGACCUGCUAAGUAUAUGCAGCAUUCUCUGCUUUUAUUUCAUAUUUCCAACAUCUGCAGUUUAAGGAAGUGCUUGGGUGUAACAACUUUAUACAUUAUAAAACAUAGUUCUGUAUUUAGAUAUCAAAACUUUCAUGUUACAGUUAAAUAUGAUCAAUGUUGUACCACUUACUGAACAUGUCGUCCCCACCAAAAGGCAAAAGUAUCAGUUUGUUUCAAUUGCAAGAGGGAUUUUAAUAUUGUUUUUAAGUAAAAAAAAUAUAUCAGGCAGACAGUUUACUGGUUUAACGGCUGGAGGAAAUUACUUUUCCUCUGCAAUUCAGCUUUUUGGUCCAUGUUUGGACUAAGGCUGUGAUGAUGUCAGGAACUGUGAUCCUGGUGAAACCCAAACUGGACAGUGGUGAGUAGGUAAGUGCUGCUUAAUAGCACUGUCAAUGACACCUCCCUUCCCUGUGCUGAUGAUUUGAGAGUAGAUUGUGUUGCAGUUGGAUCUGUCCUGCUUCUUGUGGACAAGGCAUACCUGUACAAUUUUCUGUGUUGUUAGGCAAGCACCUAAUUUGUAAUUGUACUGCAGCAGCAUGGCAAUAGGAAUAACUAGUUCUGGAGUGCAGGUCUUCAGAACAACAGCUGAGAUGUUGACCUGUCUCAUAGGCUUGCUCUAUCUAUUUUUGUCGGAUGUUUCUUGAUAUCACUUGGAGUGAAUCCGAUUGAUUCUGUGAUGGUGAAUGUUGCGGGAGGAAGCUCCAAGAUGGCUGAACAUACUGUAAAUGCUUCCGCCUUGAGCAUUAACUUGCUGGGUGCACCACCAUUGUUGAGAAUGGGAAUGUUCCUGGAACCACCUCUUAGCUGCUGUCCAUCACCAUUUACUAGAUGUGGCAGGAGUGCACAGCUUUGAUCUGAUUCAUUGAUUGUGAGAUCACCUAGUUCAGUCUGUUGCACAGUGUUUUCACUGCUUAGCAUGCAUGUAAUUCUGUAUUGCCGUUUCACCAGCUUGGCAUUGCAUUGCAUUUUUAGGUCUACCUGAUGCUGCACCCAGCAUGCCCUUCUACACUCUGGUUUGAUAAUAAUGGUGAAGGUUUUAUCUUGAACGAUCAGAAGAACUUAUCAUGCUUGCAUCAGGUUUCUAAUCAUUUAGAGAAGUUUUCCUUUUGCUAGGUUACAUUUAAGAAUAACCAAGGAUUUGGACAGGUUCACUCAGUCUUUCAAACUUCUAGAACCAGCUUUUUCAAUACUUGUCUACCUAACCUCCCUUCAUUUUCCUUCUGAAACUUAUGUAAAACUGACGGUAAACCAAUGCUGCACCAAAUCCCUCUCAGCUGUUAGUUCUGUCUUUGCUAAUCUAUGUUGGCUGUCAGUACUACAGAUUUAAUAUUUCCAUCAAUGUUUUAUCCAGUGGCUCAAAUCUAUUUAACUUUCAAUCUUCUCCAGUGCUCACCACCAAUCCCACCUCCUCAUCCUUCUAACCUUCAAUGCCUGAUCAAAUUCCUUGUUUCUCUAAAAUGAAUCUCAUGUCCAUUGUUCAUUAACUUCACCCCACUAUUAACACAGUCAUCAGAUGUCCAGACUCCAUGUUUUCCCCCCUCUUCUCCCUAAAGAACUUUCUUGAACCAUAACUCUUUCAACUCUCCUAACAUUGGUUUGAUAUUCAUUGAUUAUCCUCAUGAUUCUAAAGCAACUUGAGGGCAUUUCCCUGCACUAAAGCCCAAUACAGCUUAUUUACAUAAUUUAACUGAUUAAAUUUAUGUGUAAUUCCCAACAAUAAAAUCACUUGCCUAUUUUGAUCUCGAUCUAAUUAGUUGUUGUCAUUUAAAAUAUUAAGCUAUGUCUUUUAAAUCUGUAAAUUAUGUGAUGUUUUCAAAAUUCCUCAGGUCAUAAUCCAGCAGUUACACUAGGAUCACAUUUAGUGGUGCCCUCCAUCAUAAAUAUGCCAAGGGUUCCACUUAAGCUGAGAGAGCCACUCUGUAGCUCAACUCCUAACAAUCAACUCCUAACAAUCAUUCUAACAAUCAGGUGGGUGCAAACUAGUAACUUCUAUUUUCCAAUGUUUGCCCAGUCUCACGAGACAUGGUGGGAGAAAAGCAGAACUCCAGACAGAAUUUCAGGUGUUACAUGAUUACCUCAUGGAAAACCAGAAUGUAGAUACGGGGUUUUCAUUAUGUUUUAUGUUUAGUAGCAGCAAUUGAAUCUCAGUCUUUGUAUUCAAAUUGUUAUAAUCUGAAUCUCUUUAUUUCUUGAACCUACCUAUCAUGAGCAAAUCAAAAUACCCCAGUUGAAUGUGAUUCUACAGUAAUGCUAACAUACUUUGAUUUUUUUCUGCAGGAUAUAAUGAAAUUAUUACAAUCAACAUUCUCACUAUUUAUAAAGCAAAAGGAGAAGAAAUUUGCCUCUGGUUGCUCACACUGAAGACUUGUGUAUCACUUGCUAGUUGUACUCAUUCCUGGACACACAAUUCCAUUGAAAAUUUUGAGACAGUACAAUUGGCAGCCAAAACAGUCAUAUAUAUUUAUUGCUAGUACCCAAAGUCAAAUCUCUCUCCUACAAUAACAAAAUAAACAAUUGCCCAAAACUGCUUUGGCUCUGCAUCAAUUUUACUGCUGAAUCUUCACCUUGUCAAUGCACAUAGAUCAGGUGUUUGCUCAAAGUGUACUGGAAUACCUGAUUUAUGUGCAUCAAUGAGAUGAAAAUUUAGUAGUGAAAUUGAAACAGGUCCAAUGAGUAAGCAAGCUCAUUGAAAUUAUGAAGCACUUUUAUGUUUUCUAAUGUUGUACUCCGAAGUGUUAGAAUAAUCCAUGUUAAGGAAUGGUUUGGAGAGUUAUCCUUGUUUCAUAAAAUACCCCACCAUCUCCUCAUUUUCACAGAUGAGUUUAGCAUGUUUUAAAGAAUUUGGGUAAAAUGCUUCAUAAUUUAACUUAUAGGCUAUAAGAUCACAGUUAAUGGCAGGUGUGGUCCUGUAAGGUGUGUAUAUUUCUUCACUUGUGAUUUUCAAAAAGAAUUGGGUUCAACAUUAAAUUUCAUCAUAACCAAACAAAACAGGGCUACAUAUUGCUUUGUAGAAUUUUCAAUACUAUUUGUCAUUUUAUUUCUUAGACCUACACACUGGUGCAGUUUGUAUGCAGAAAAAUCUCUCUCCACUUUCAUUAAGAUAUGACGACCAGCUAUACUGUAGUGCAUCACUGUAAUCAAAUGGGAUGUAUGUAUAUACACAUACAUAGUUAGCUCUGUAGAUAUUAAAAUAACAUGCCACCAUAUUACACAAAGUACAUUUCUGUGAAACAAUUGGAAUGGCUAAAAGUUUCCCAUUGGAUACUUAAUUCUCACAGCAUAUUGGAAGUGCAUGUUAAAUUAUUCCUCGUGCUUUCAGUCAUUCUGAACUCCUCUUUAUACCACAACAUAUUGCAAAAUAUUGUUUGAUAUUUACCACAACUUCUGCAUGUCAAGAAAAUAAUGUCAUGUCACCAUAUGAUUUAUUAUGAAGUGCCAUUUUUAAAAUAAGAUCAGCUUUAAUAUUUGUCUUUAUAGUGCUAUGGAUGCGAUUGUAACAGGCCGGCUAUGUAAUGUAAUUGAGUGGAAGAGUUGUGGCAACUUUAUAAAAUUGUUGUCAUUUCCAUUUCUUCACCUUUUCAAGCAGUUUUACACCCACUCCAUACACUUUUAUGGAACAGUUAUAGAAUUUAACUCCAGUUAUGGAAUUGUAUAUUACUUGCUGGCUAUGUGAUGACCUAGAAAAAGCUAAUUUUCCUUGGCUGAGUAUUAAGCUUCUACCGACCAUGAAUAUUAUUGUGCUGUUGUAUAUAAAGCAACAUUUUAGAUUAAUGCUUUUCUCAAACAAUACUAUUGUAAUAUAUUAUCUUAAUAAAAAUUUACUUCUGUUGAA